AUGGCGACUGACGGCGGGCGCCGAUACGCGCUGUUCGACCUGGUGCGGUCGGGGGAUAUCGACUCUAUCGCGACAUAUAUCCGAGCGCAUCAUGCCUCCAUCCGCCAGCGCUCGAUUACGGAUGCGCUGCCGGUGCAGGUUGCGAUGGAUCUCAACCGAUGGGACAUUGUCGUGACCCUCGUUCGAGCCGACCCGGAACACAUCACUUUGAUGCUUCAACCGUCCAACGUGUCCCUCGUUCAGGAAGCUAUUCGACACAAAGUCGACGAAAGCAUACUUCUCGAUCUCAUCGCGGCAGCGCCAGAAUACAUCGGGCGCCCCACAUAUACCUCUCUCGACACACCCAAGUACCCGAUUUUCAGUCUCAUCGACAGCAGCUACGUGGAGGCCGCCGCCGCGCUCGUCCUCCAUAGCGGCCCUGGAACCUCACCAUCUUUGAACCAUGUGACUGACGACGAUGGCAAUUCGAUUGCCCAUGCCGCGUGCAAGUGCACGCGUCGUUUUCCACCCAACGCCUUGUCCGUCCUGUUGACCAGCUUCCUCACUGCAGUCAACUUGGACGGACAAACACCUAUCCAUGUCGCGGCAUCCAGCGGAAACCUCCACGCGGUGCAGUGCGCUAUGGCGCUAACCCCUCCGAGCCACGCACCUGUCGUGUGCGCCAUCCACGAUCGAGCGGGCAACCUUCCCCUUCAUGCAGCCAUCACAGACAGACAGUGGCAUGUCGUUGUUCCGCUGGCAACGUGGUUUAGUUCAGCAGCAGCGGUGCCAGAUUCCAUGGGAGACCUUCCAGUUCACAUCGCUGCAGGGUGUCGAGAGUGGGCAGUCGUCCAUGCCUUGGUAAACCUGGCUCCACAGACGGUAGCCAUCGAGGACCGUCUGGGCCGUUCCGUGCUACGACUAGCGCUGCGCGGAGCCGCGUGGGAUGUAGCAUCGACAAUAUUGAGCUUUCCAGACGUCUCCCUGCCGCGGGAUGUCGAGUCGGUCGACGUGGCCGUCGAGCACGCACAGUGGCAAAUCGUAGGACAGCUCGUGUCGAAGCGAGUCGCAGUGCCACAGCCAUUGAGUCUAGCCGAGAGUUUGCCUCCCGUAGCGAUUGAAGCAUGCAAUGAAGCCGGGAAAAUGCACGAUGGGGAGCUGUCGUGGACGACAAUGGCUCUGGACGUAGCACUCCGGCAUCGGCAAUGGGACGUCGCUGCAUGGGUGCUCGCGACGGACGCAACUGCAGCCCGUCGGAAGAAUCGCAUGCGACUGCUGCCUCUGCAGGUGGCAGCGGCCACUGUCUCAUCAAGUGGCCCCCCCGACUGGCUCCUCCACCGACUCGCCGAAGCUCACCCACAAGCUGCUGUGGCGGUCGAUCGGACUGGCACGCCUCUCGUGCAUGUGCUUUGUCGGCGCCAGAACUGGGCUUGCGUUCGCGCUCUCGUCCGCGCAUCCCCAGUCGCCACCACAUCCGCUCGGGAUCCCCAGGGCCUCUGCGCCGUCCACGUCGCGAUGCUGCAUUUUGCUCCAGCGGAUGUGGUGGUGGAUUUCGCGAUUGCUGCGCCGCUCACAACAUCCCUGGACGGGUCGACGUGGAUAUUGCACGACGUGUUGACCAAGUAUGCGCUUUGCUUAAGCGGGUCCUCGGACGUCCCGCGGCUUGCGGCGGCGUUUUCGACGGCUUCCGACAUGCGGCGCAACACGGCGUUGCAUGUUGGCCUAGCCUGUGGCCACGUGGGCUUUUGCACGGCACUCGUGCGGGACCAUGGCGUCGACCUAUUUGCUAUCAAUGCGGCGGGCGAUUCCGCGUUGGACCUGGCGCGACGUAGUUCGGAUCCAAAUCUCCGCGCCGUGCUCGCGCCCAUGGACGUGACGACGUUGACCAAGGCAACCCCCCCGCCUGCUGCGUGGAUGGAAAAACGAGAUGCACGCGGUCAGUCGCCGCUGGUCCAUGCCGCCCUGGCAGGACAUUGGACAGGCGUGCAGUGGAUGCUCCAGCACGGAGCAGAUCCCGCCCCGAUCCAAGCGUUGAAGCUUCCUCGAAACGUCCAGCGAGCCGUCGCAGCCAGUCAGCAUGCUCAUCUGGUCGUUCACCACCGCUAUGUCGUUCACACAAAUCGUGUGGUGGAAAUCGAUCCAAGUCCAGGCGAUCAAACCUGCGUGGCUUUGGAUCUCCACACCGGGCACAGCGUGCGGCUCGUGCCGUUCCAGUCCAAGCAAGCGCAGGACGCGUACUGUUUGCAAGUCGACUCGAUUCAGCGCCGGUCUCCAUGGGUGUGUGGCGUCCUGGAUGCAUUUGAAGACGAUGACGCGUUUGUUGUCGUGCUGGAAGGCGCGGGGCACCACGGCGACGUUUUGGAUUGUUUCCAGCCCCCAGAGCCGCCCCUCCACAUCGCAAAGAUGCUCGUCAGCGCCAUGGCCGCUCUGCACUCGGGUGGCUUUGUCCAUGUGUGCUGCGCACCGGCAAGUUUUGCCUACAUGAUGCCGGGAAUCGUCAAGGUGCACGACGUUGACAUGUGCCGUGUCGAAGGCGAUGCGACAGCCGCGAUUGCAGCGCCGCGGACGUCCUCGCCGUGGCUUCGUUACCAGAGUCCAAGUGUGGCGGCUGGGAUGCUCCCUCGGCCUAGGACCAACGACGACAGUGCGAUGGUGGCCGUCCACCAAACAGACAAUCUGUGGACCCUCGGCGUGAUGCUAUUUGAGCUGCUUGUAGCUGAACCGUUCAUGGAUCCGACGCUCGAUGGCGUGGGUCUGCUCGUAGCGCUGGCAUUCCCUUCCCAAGACGCCAUGGACCGCCGCCUCGUCCGCGACCCCGCAUUGCCGCGUCCUGCUCUCGAUGUCUUGCGAGGGCUGCUGUCCAUAGACCCGAGCGAUCGACUACCGCUUCGCGCCAUCAUGACGUCCGAGUUUGUGGCCCCACCGCUGGCGUCACCUUGGCGCAUCGCGUUGCCGAACCAUCCACCGCCGCCGGAUCGGUCCUCGGCGACUUUUCUCCCGUGGACCGCGUCCGAAUUGGUGGCACUUGCGCUGCAGAAUCACAAAGUCGAAUUGGAACGGCACCACCGUCGGGUGGUUCUCGCCCAGACGGCGCCGUGCCAAGCGACCAAAGCACCGCAGGACAUGCCGUCUGUAGCAGGGCCACGUCCGGUCGACGGCCUCGAUCGACGCUCUCACGAUUGCCCCCCCUCGACAUCCGCACCCGUCCCAACCCCAUGCCAGGACCACGAUGACCCCCAUGACGGACCAACUUCCCGUGCCUGCAGCGCGAGCCCAACUUUGGUGGACGCCACACACGUCAGCCACUCGUUCGUGGGCGAACGCGUGCGCAAACGCUUUCCAGACGGCAUUGUAUACCAUGGCACUGUGUCGGCGCGGUCGGCGGCAGGCGACUUGUGGACUGUCGUGUACGACGAUGGUGACAGCGAAGACGUGACGAAGGCUGAGCUCGCUGCGAUCCUCGUGAAGAAGUCGGUCAAAGGCCACGUAGCCGCAAGCGACCCGCUGGCGCAUGGACAGUCGGUGUGGCUCAUGCAUGACCACCAGUUGGUCGCCAGAGCCCGCGUGUGCGCGACGCCACCACCGGACCUCGUGCCCUCUCCACGGGGCGAACACAACGUUGUGUGUCUGCGCAUCACAAAGCGCUUCACGGGAACGCCCGAGGCAGUCACCAACCAGUUUGUGAAGUGUGGAAAGAGCGCAACGUCGACGGCGGGGUGGUUUGUGUGGUGGCGCCUCUCGCAGUGCUUUGUUCCCACGGCUGACCCGUCGUAG